ACCACGAGCCACGAGGACAUUGUUUUGAUCGAAAUCGAAUAAAACAGAGAUAUAAAUUAUUGCACAGCACAGUUAUCGCGCAAUUGCUCAUCUGGUGUGCACGUGCCACCUAAUUAUCUGUUUGCAGUUGACUUGUGAACCUACGAGAGUGUUAUUUUAUUUGCAACAAAUUAUUGCUUGUUAUUGUUGUAUUUAAAGGAAGCGAGGGUGAUAAACAUGCAUUUACGGACUUUGGUGUUAGUUUGCGUACUUUCUUUAGCUUUUGGACAGGACAGGAAGAUAACUCCAACACUAAACCCUGAUUGCAAAGCAUGCUCGUCAAACACCACCCUUGUGUACAUAAAAGCCGAAGGCUCCCACAACACCAUACACCAGCUCUGGGACUUCACGCAGGGGACUCCGACCAUCAUCUAUGCUGUCGCUGGUGUCAACUCGUCGCUGCAAGUUAAAUGGGCGCAUGACAGGCCCGUCAAGUUCAAUAUGUCUGAAGAACCGAGUUAUAGCUUUGCUAUGGCUAUUUCUGAUAUAUACGAAUACAACGAUCUAGAAGACCGUGGCCACCCGAACAGUACCACCAUGUUCAGGCGUUACCCUCUAAGGGAGCUGCGCUGGGCGCGGCAAGACAGUGUGCUGACUGAGCGGGAGGCCAUGCUCGUGAUGCAGGCUGACAAGUACAGUCGGGAUAGGAACGGGACUGUCGCUAUUAAGCUCGACCUCCUACCCUACCGCGACUACGCCACGCAACUGCCUCACCUCAUCCACACAGCCAACUCAACAUUACUAGACGUCCAACUAGCCAACCUGACGCAGUCGCCCGACUUUAACUCGUCGCGAUUCGCGCUGCGACUGGUAUUGGUCGCGACGGACGCGAACGGUACGUUGUCGCGACGAGUGCAGAAGAGUUUGGACGACGAGCACACGCCUGGGGUGUUCGAGAUAAUCGAAAUAAAAACGCCCCGAUGUGUCAGCACCGGCGCGGGCGGCUACUUGCAGUUCCGACCCGUCGCGUAUAUACAGAAGGAACGCAGCGUCACCUCGUCCACCGUCGUACACGUAUCGGAUUUCAACAGUACACACAUAGUUCCGCCGAGCACGCUGACCCGCUUCUACCCUGACAUCGACGAGAUGCUGAUAGAAGACAUGGUCGUGUCAUUCGGCGAACCACAGGACGGGUUCUACAGGCAACACAACUAUACUGCUUGGUCCACAACAUUCGGCUACGGCGCUCCACCAGUCGAGACCUUUUCACUAUUUGUAAUCCUGGUUAUUACCAUCGGGUUGUCCGUGCCGGUGCUGCUGGCGCUCUCGGGCGUGCUGUACGUGUUGGUUCGGCGCUGCCGGUACCGAAACCAACCCACCAGGCUGCGGGAGGAGUGACUAGCUGGCUUCAGGCUGCUCAGCCAGGACGAUGUUGAGGACUCUUAAGUUAUUAGUGAAAUUAUAGCGGAAAAAACGCG